GCCUGGCCAAGAGGGAUGACGUCAUGUUUCGACGGACGUGUAGCCUUCGUCUCCUCGGGCGUGACGGCAUCUUCUGGCGCCGGAGGACUCUCGUGCGCAUGCGCGGGCUUGUCGUCCGUGGCGAUGUCGUUGAGAGUGAAGCGGGAGAGAGACCCAUGGCCGGCCUUGUCCGGCGGGGAAGUGAAGCCGGUGAAAGUGAAGCGGGAGCCCGAAGAGGAGGAGGAGCAGCAGCCCCGGAUCAAGCAGGAGCCCAAGGAGGAGCCGGACGAAGAUGAGGACGAACCCGAAGUCAAAUAUGGCCGUUUUGACCCAGAGGACCGACGGAGCCGGCACUGCCCUUAUUUGGACACCAUCAACAAGAGUGUUCUGGACUUUGACUUCGAGAAGCUCUGUUCCAUUUCCCUUUCUCACAUCAACGUGUAUGCAUGUUUGGUCUGUGGAAAAUAUUUUCAGGGCCGGGGCUUGAAGUCCCACGCCUACAUUCACAGUGUCCAGUUCAGCCACCACGUCUUCCUCAAUCUCCACACCUUGAAGUUUUACUGUCUGCCAGACAACUAUGAAAUCAUUGACUCUUCAUUGGAGGAUAUCACAUAUGUCCUGAAGCCCACCUUCACCAAGCAGCACAUCGCCAACCUGGACAAACAGGCCAAGCUCUCCCGGGCCUACGAUGGCACCACCUACCUUCCAGGCAUCGUGGGCUUGAACAACAUCAAGGCUAAUGACUACGCCAAUGCUGUUCUCCAGGCACUGUCCAACGUCCCUCCGCUGCGGAAUUAUUUCCUGGAGGAGGAGAACUACAAGAACAUCAAGCGCCCGCCGGGGGACAUCAUGUUCCUGCUGGUCCAGAGAUUUGGGGAGCUCAUGCGGAAGCUGUGGAACCCCCGGAAUUUCAAGGCUCAUGUCUCCCCCCAUGAAAUGCUGCAGGCCGUAGUCCUGUGCAGCAAGAAGAACUUCCAGAUCACCAAGCAAGGAGAUGGGGUGGACUUCCUUUCCUGGUUCUUGAACGCCCUGCACUCUGCUCUCGGUGGGACAAAGAAGAAGAAAAAGACCAUUGUGACAGAUGUGUUCCAGGGGUCCAUGCGGAUUUUCACCAAGAAGCUGCCACAUCCCGACUUGCCAGCCGAGGAGAAGGAGCAGCUGCUCCAGAAUGAGGAGUACCAAGAGAAAAUGGUGGAGUCUACCUUUAUGUACCUGACGCUGGACCUGCCCACGGCCCCGCUCUACAAGGAUGAGAAGGAGCAGCUCAUCAUCCCCCAGGUGCCCCUCUUCAACAUCCUGGCCAAGUUCAACGGCAUCACCGAGAAGGAAUAUAAAACCUACAAGGAGAACUUCCUCAAGCGCUUCCAGCUCACCAAGCUGCCCCCGUACCUCAUCUUCUGCAUCAAAAGGUUCACCAAGAACAAUUUCUUUGUGGAGAAGAACCCCACCAUCGUCAACUUCCCCAUCACGAACGUGGACCUCCGGGAGUAUCUCUCUGAGGAAGUGCAGGCUGUGCACAAGAACACCACGUACGACCUUAUCGCCAACAUCGUGCACGACGGGAAGCCGGCGGAAGGAGCUUACAGGAUCCAUGUCUUGCACCAUGGCACAGGCAAGUGGUAUGAACUGCAGGACUUGCAGGUGACGGACAUCCUCCCGCAGAUGAUCACGCUCUCAGAGGCCUACAUUCAGAUCUGGAAAAGGCGGGACAACAAGGAAGAGACCAACCAGCAAGGGGCUUAAAGACGGAACUUUAUCCGAAAGAGAAAGGGGACAAGAGGCCCACAGCGGCACCGGUCACCUCUGCAUCUUGCUGAGGAGCCCAGAUGCUACGGAUCUCCCUGGGGCUGCUGAGAGGAGCAGGUGGCUUUUUAGAAGCUGCUGCUGCCAGCCCUGUGCCUCCUGACCCCCAUUGAAUGAAGGGGGAACUCCUCGGUAGCCCCUGACAGAGCCCCAGUUGAAGGAGGCAGCAAAUAGGAGGCCUUCUGGGGGAAUGGCCAAGCUCCACUUCAAGGAGGCCAUUCCAGAAACAACCUGAGGAAGAGAUUGUUGGAGGAGGGAGAGAGGGAGGGGCACCUCCCAAACCACACUUGCGAAUGGGAUUUGUGUGUCUGCAUUUAUCACUUAAGAGAGCCAGAAAGUUCCAGUAAACACUGUUUUUAUAUCA